AUGGUAUCGAACAAUGAAUUCGGCGCGCUUCAUCUAGAGUCGGACCUGAGCCAAGGUAUGAUCGCAUGGGAUGGUCAAGGCGACACGCACAAUCCUAGGAACUUCUCCCCCGCAAAGAAGUGGACUACAAUGCUCUUACUCAGCGCUAUGAUAGCACUGAGCUUUCUUACAUCUACUAUUGUCUCGCCGGCAGCGUCUCACAUCACAUCUGAGUUUCACGUUGAAUCAGCCAUCCUUUCCUCCCUGAUAACCACUAUAUUUGUACUCGCCUAUAUGCUGUAUGGCCGUCGUCUGAUACUUAACUGUACCAACGCCGUCUUCACCCUGUCCCAUAUUGGCUGUGCGCUAGCACCAAACGCUGGAACAUUCCUCGCAUUCCGCAUAAUAUCUGGCCUUGCAGGGUCGGUAAGUCUAUCUGCUGGGGGAGGAAUAGUUCCGGACCUUUUUGAUGUUCAUGAACGCGGUGUGCCUAAUGCAUUAGUCACGACGGGGUCAUUGUUCGGGCCUGUAUUAGGGCCUCUUUUUGGGGGAAUAAUCACACAAAGAGCCGGUUGGCGAUGGAUAUUCUGGGUUCUUCUCAUCGCCUGCGCAGUUGUGUCAAUUGCCAUGGCGGCUUUCACACCAGAAACGAAUGCAGCGGUGAUAAUCCGUCACAAGGCAUCAAAAUUACGAAAGGAUACCGGCAGAGAAGAUCUCCAGAGCGCUUACGACUCCGAAAAAGCCUCUACCAGUUUCAACAAUCCUUGGCUCCUAGUAGGUCAUGCAAUUUCCCGCCCCUGGAAAAUGCUCUUCCAUUCCCCUUUGUUGGUCAUCCUUUGCAUCAUGGUAGGCCUCAUCUCAGGUCUACUCUAUACCCUCCUUACAACCACCUCUUCCUUCUUUCAAGAGUUUUACAGGUGGUCUCUCGAGACCGCUGGUCUUGCAUAUAUGGGUCUCGGUCUUGGCAGCCUGGUCGGUCUUAUUGUGUUUGCGAAGACUUCCGAUCUCCUCACCGUCCGGCUCACCAAGGCAAACAAUGGUAUCUUUCAGCCCGAGAUGCGCAUAGUGACGGCGUUUCUUCCGGCACUGUUUAUACCAGUGAGCUUUUUCUGGUACGGCUGGUCCACGCAAGCUCAGACGCAUUGGAUUGUUCCAUUGAUCGGUCUAGUACCCUUUGGUUUCGCCCAGGUGGGAAUCAACGCGACUGCUCAGGCGUAUGUAAUUGAUGCGUCUGGGCCCUUUGCGGCAUCAUCAAUGGCUUGCGUGACAUCCGUGCGCUGUCUUUUUGGUGCGUUCCUGCCACUGGCUGGGCCUAGUCUUUACAGUCAUCUCGGCCUGGGAUGGGGGAACUCACUGCUAGGCUUCGUCAGCCUGAUCAUGCCUGUCUUGACGAUAAUUAUCUAUAGGUCUGGUCGGAAAUUUAGGGAGAGGUAUCCGUUGUAUACAGAAUAA